AUGGAGAGUGAUGGCAGUGGCAUUAGGAGGCGUGUAGAUGCAGAGGAAGAAGAUGAAGAAGGAGGAGCACAACAACGAGAAUAUUAUCCAGCCGGCAGCAGCUGUCCCAACUUACCUCUCCCAGGUGGCGAUGACAAUCGAUUGAAGGAGCUGGGUUAUAAGCAAGAACCCCGUCGCCAUCUGUCGGCGAUUGGGAGUUUCACGACGACUUUCAACAUCAUAUCGGUAAUCGCGGGGAUUAGCACACUAUACCAUAUGGGCUUGGGUUUUGGUGGGCCUGUAACGAUGAUCUACGGCUGGCCCAUAGUGGGCUCUUUCACGCUAAUGGUGGCCUUCUCCAUGGCUGAGAUCUGCUCAGCUUAUCCCACCUCCAGUGGGCGUUACUUCUGGAGUGCAAAGCUGUGUGGCAACCAGUGGGGGCCUUUUGCGUCUUGGCUUACAAGAUGGUAUGUCGUAUGCACGCACUCCUCCUCCUCCAUCUCUCUCAUUUCUUUUCUCUUGUCUACAAACCACUAUAAGACAAUGUCGAUAAAAUGUUUUUGCCACAUCAGCCUUUGCUUAAACGACAGCACAGUGCGGAUGGGCUUUUCUGUAAAUUCCUAA